GUCUCCCCAGACGCCGCAGCUUCAUUCUUCAAUAGAUUCAAUUCCAAAAAAGAUGGGGCACACAAACCUCAGCACGCUCUCACUCGUCCUCCCUCUCCUCUUCUUCUCCGCCAAUGCUGCCUCCGAGGCCCCUCGACCCCGCGGCGUAGGCCCCGAAUUCGCGAAGUUUUACAAGGACGCCGAGACAUUCACUUGCAUCUCGAACCCGUCGAUCAAAAUCCCCAUCGCGCGCGUCAACGACGACUUCUGCGACUGCCCCGACGGCUCGGACGAGCCUGGCACCUCCGCAUGCUCGUACAUCUCGCCGCUUUCGCCGCAGCAGCCCCCGAAGGUGCGGGUCGGCCAAUUCGUGGAGACGCUUGCGCUGCCCGGGUUUUACUGCAAGAAUAAAGGUCACCAGCCGGGGUAUUUGCCGUUUACGAAUGUGAAUGACGGGAUAUGUGAUUAUGAGUUAUGCUGCGAUGGGAGUGAUGAGUGGGAAGGGGUUGGUGGGGUGAAGUGCGAGGAUCGCUGUGCGAAGAUUGGGAAGGAGUGGAGAAAGCAGGAUGAGAUUCGUCAGAAGAGCUUGAAUGCUGCUAACCAGCGGCGGAAGGAGUUGGUCACUGAGGCGGCAAGAUUGAAGAAGGAGGUAGAGGACCGGAUACAGACCCUCAAGACACAGAUUCAGGGACAAGAGAUCAAGGUUUCAGAUUUGGAGAAGUCCUUGGCGGAUAUCGAGAGGGCAGAGAAGGGCAAGGUCGUCAAGAGUGCUGGAAAGGGCGGCAAGCUAGGAGUCCUGAGCAGCCUCACCAAAGAACGCAUUGACGAGCUCACUCUCAACGUUCAGAGAAUCAGACAGGAGCGAGAUGCUGCCAGGUCAAGUCUCGACGAACUCGAAGGCAUCAUGAGGCGCUUCAAGGAAGAAUACAACCCCAACUUCAACGACGAGGGCGUGAAGAGGGCCGUCAAGGCCUGGGAGGACUUCGCCGCUCAAGACAGGCCUGCACCUGUCCCCGCCCACGACAGAGAUCUCGACGAGAUCCUGAACCCAGAGUCCGAAAGCGCCAUCAAGUGGGACGACUUCUUGGAUACCGACGAGAGCGACGUCGACGUCCUCUACCAAUUCGAAGCCUACCUCCCGGAGCCCGUCCGCAACUGGGUCGACGCCAAACUGCGCGACCUCCGCAUCAUCCUAAUCGAAAACGGCAUCCUCGCGGACCCCCACACCGACAGCGCCGAAUCCAAAGCCGUCACCGACGCACGCUCGCAGCUCACAAGCGCACAGGCGGAACUCAGCUCCGACAAGACGGAGCUCACCAACCACGAGGAAGACCUCGCGAAGGAGUACGGCCCGGACGACGUGUUCCGCGCGCUCAAGGGCCAGUGCAUCGAGAAGGACUCCGGGGAGUACACGUACGAGUUCUGCUUCCUGGAGCGCACGACGCAGAAGCCGAAGCGCGGCGGGGGUAACACGGGGAUGGGCAACUUCGUGCGCAUCGAGAAGAUCGUCGUCGAUGAGGAUCUGCCUGCCGAUGGGAAGGGUCUCGGGUCCGGCGAGCGGUACGCUUUGCAGUACGAGAAUGGUCAGCAUUGCUGGAAUGGACCGAACCGUAGCACGCAGGUUGUUCUUGCUUGUGCUGAGAAGGACGAGAUUUGGAAGAUCAUCGAGCAGGAGAAGUGCGUUUACAGGAUGGAGGUGGGUACUCCUGCUGUGUGCGAGCCGAAGAAGGCGGCGCAGGGGAAAGGCCAUGAUGAGCUAUGAUGGCGUUGAUCCCCCCAUCUAUCCAUCAAUUCCUCCCCGCGUAUAAGAAUACAUGUAAAAACGAAAAGAGAGAGGGGUCGUCGGGUCGGCUGUUUGAAAUCUAAGAGCAAACUGUCAUCGUUUUCAAUGCUGUAGUUAGAAAAAUAUAGACAUGUGUACGGACGACGACAACAUCAGACAACCAAUCAAUGAAUCAAAAAUAGGCAGCUGGAAUGCCUGCCACUGGUCAAAAGAACAGAAAAG